GAGACAUGGCACGAUGACGGAUGAAGAAAGGCUGGCCAGGAGCCGACAACGAUGCGCCAUCAACCAGCGGAGGUAUCGCGCUAAACUGCAAGCCAUGAACAAGCAGCGGCGCUCGGACUUGGAAGAGCUCAGUCGAGUGAACAAGCGACUAGAGCGGCAUCUCGCAGCUUUUCUCGACAAACGUGGUUUGUGGUGCCAUGCUGAAGAACAUUCCAUCCUGGAGUACUUGCGGCUGUUUGAGCGCGGCUUUACGCACACGGAGCAGCAGGUGUCGUUCUUGCGCUACUUCGUUGCUCCCGAUGCGUGGUACAAUGGUCAUAUUGGCAUUGACGGCGUGAUGGCGUACUGGAUCACUCGCUCCGCCAUGUUUACCUUUUUGCGCGUGAAUUGCAUACGACUGACUCCCGUUGCCCGCACAAACGAGGGAACUGUCAUAGAGAUGCGCUGCGUGGUCCACCUUGGCAUGACCCUGCCGGCCAUGCGAGCGUUGUUUCCCCACGUUCUGAACCGGCAGGACCUUGUGGACAACAUUCUGCGCACGCCAUUGCAACUUCCCCUGCAUGGCACGUACGUGUUCGACGACAACAAGCAAAUGACGUGGCAGUCCUGCGCGUCCAACAUUGUCGAAGCGCUGAGCCAUCAGUUUGUGAAUUUGGACGAUGUUGUCGCCGCGACGUGUCCAAACGCCGCAACCAAGGCAGCGAUCCAGAGCCAAUGAUGCGGUGAAUGGCUGGAAGCGACCUCAACUUCUUCAGUAUAAGCCACCCAAGGCAAGGCUUGAUGAGGGUACAAGACUGAUGUGUACCCACUCUCAUGGAGCUGUGCGACGGAUGCGCGUCGGCGUCUUCGUGAGACAUCUCCGAUAAAAGUGGUCGACGUUCCAAACCAUAUUUUUGACAACUGAGUGCUUGAUCUGAACGUGUGCAUGAUACCGGAUGCACUCACUUGCUUCAUGCGUGUUGAGAGAUUGGGACGACUG